AUGAAGUCUCUGGUCACCAAGUACCCAUGGCCUUUGUCUCUGCUGCUGCUGCUGCUGCCUUUGAAACUGCAAGGGGACUAUUGGGAUUCAUAUGAAUAUGAAAUAGAUCCAGAAGUAAGGGACCGCUUACGGGAGCUUUAUAGUACAGGGCCUACCAAACCUCCCACCAAAGAAAGAAUCAAGGAAAAGAUCCUUGCUGAUCCUGAUCGACCGCUCUAUGGUGAUAAUUACUGCAAUUCUGAACUCAUGUCUAGAAACAUUCACUACAGGCGAGUCUGUUAUCCGGAGCACUAUUUUGUAGCCGAGAGCUAUUCCUAUCUACAAAAGACCUGCUAUGGCAAACGAGUGAGGUGUAAGCAUAGGGCUACGUUCUGCAGAAGAAGCAUGGAGUUGGUGAAAGGAAUACAGUGUACUCUAGUAGCGGGCGAGAAGAUACCAGAAUGCUUGUACGAAAGCAACUUCGUGACAGGUUAUGCAGUUGUCACUUGUCAAUGGGACAGUGACAGCGAAGAAUUUAUUCCUAACAAUGUAGUUAAUAUUUUGGUGGCCAAGUAG